AUGGCGGCAGUGCACGUCGUCGCUGCGGGCCCGGCGGUCCGGCUGGAGGAGGUCCGCGACGAGGUGGUGGUGGAGCAUGGCGAGGACAAGCUGUCCACCGCAGCUGAGGCCCUGGACCGAGCAGCAGAAGAGCAGAGAAAAGUGGCGCAGGAAACCGAAGAUGCUGCCACGCAAGCCCAAAAUCUGGCAAACGAAGCAGCCAAGAAAGCGUCCCAGGCGGACGCCGCGCAGGCGGAGGCGGUGAGCUACCGGCAAGAGGCGCGCGAGCUGCUGCAGGCGUCGGUGGACAAGCUGCGGGAGGCGGGCGGGGCAGCCAAGCACCUCCUGGAAGCCGCGGAGCAGGCCAUCAAGGACGCUGCCCAGCGGGUGCAUCUGACGGGCGCGAAGGCCCAGCCGGGUGAGCAACACGAGCCCACCGGGGCUGCCCCAGCGGCCGCCUACCCCGCCGCCUACCCGGCCGGCGCGGGCGACGCAGCCGCGCCGAAGGGCGAGGGAGGGGCCGGUCACAAGAUGCAGGGCUUCUUCCACGAGGUGGCGGUCAAGAUGCACCUCACGUCGCAGCACGACAAGGACGAGGUGCCCCACGACAAGGAGUGA